AGGAACAGAUUUCUUUUGUAUUGUAGAAAAAAUGGUUUUAGAAGGGACACAGAAAGAAAUUCACUUUGUCGUUUUGGUUCAUGGGCUUUGGGGAAAUCCCGGCCAUUUACAAUAUCUCAUGGAUCAAUUAAUGGCAAAAUAUAAAGAUAGAAUUCAUAUCUUGAAUGCUAAACGCAAUACAUCAGAUUAUACAUAUGAUGGCAUUGAUGUUUGCGGUGAAAGACUUGUUAAGGAGAUAAAUGAUGAAAUUGAAUAUAUCAAUGGCAAAGAUCUUUAUAAAGUUUCAAAAAUUUCAUUUGUUGGAUAUUCUCUUGGUGGCUUGAUAGCGAGAUAUGCAAUUGGAAUACUUUAUAAGCAAGAAUUUUUCAGCAAGAUUGAACCAAUG